AUGGCCCGCUCAAAAAUCGACAUGCACGCUCAUUUCGUGCCACCGGUCUGGCGAGAAGCGUGCUUGAAAGCUGAUUUAGGAAGACCAUUGGCUCCUUGGAAUGAAAACGAUCACCUAGCAUGGAUGGAGAAAGCCGGUAUCUGUAAAAGUAUAGUCGGCAUCACUGAUCCAGGAACUCAUCUCGUCCCUGGCAAAGAUGAGGAGGCACGAAAAUUGACCCGAGAAUGUAACGAGUUCGCUGCCGACCUCAAGCGACGGAAUCCAGAGAAGUUCGGCUUCUGGGCUUCUUUGCCUCUACCUGAUGUCGAAGGUAGCCUGGUCGAGAUAUCUCACGCCCUGGACGUCCUCUACGCCGAUGGGGUAACUAUGCUCACGAAUCAUCAUAGAACAUAUCUCGGCGAUCCCAAGUUCGAGCCGAUAUUCAAGGAGCUGGAUCGGCGAGGCGCUACGGUCUUCAUCCAUCCCACCCUGCCACGCGAGCAUAGCCAGAUGCGAUUCGAUGCACCCUCUCAGAACUCCUUCACUGCCAUGAUGGAGUUCGCCUUCGAUGAAACCCGCACAGCCGUCAGCCUGCUCUUAUUCGGCGUCAUCCAACGAUACACAAACAUCCAGUUCAUCUUCACGCAUGCCGGAGGCGUCCUGCCUCCACUCGUGGAACGCUUGAUACAAUUCUCCAAAAUGCUUUCGAUGGGCGGACCGGAUAUGAGCAGUGCGUCUGUACGGGACUUGCUGCGACACCGAGUCUUGUACGAUUUGUCGUUGUUUGUCUUCCCGGAUCAGAUCCAUGGCCUUUUGAGGAUUGCGGAUCCGUCGCAGCUCUUGUAUGGGAGUGAUUAUCCCUAUGUCCCGGAGACGUUGGCCGUGGAACUUGAGCAGAAGAUUGAUAAGAAUUUGGAGGAGGCUGUUGGAGGCGAGGAGAAUGUAGAGCGGGUUCUUAGGAGUAAUGCAAUAAGACUACCCUCUAGGCAAAAGUAA